CAGCCAUAUUGUAAAAAGGAUCAAAAUAAAAGAGUGAAUUGAAUUUUGGUUAUACUCUGAAAAACAAUAUCAAAAACUUGUUAACGCUAACUAAAAUAGUGUGUGUUUGCGUGUGAUUGUUAUAAUCAAGGUGUUUUAAUAUCUGGUGAUCUGAUAUCUCUACAAUGGUGAAAGAUUGAAUAAUCGUGUAAUGUGAAACUAUAAAAUGGCGGAAGUGUUUAUAUUCUCAACGGACGCUCUAUUCAUUUUGUAAUAAACUAUAUACUUAUUCAUAAAUAUAUCGACUCUACAUAUUUAUAUAUAAAACUGUGUUUACACUCAGUUGGAGUUUUUUUAAGCGAACAUGGAGUGUUACCUGUGUGCGUCUUUUUCAAGUAUAUUUAUAGUGACAUAGUAACAUUGUCAAAACGCAUUUAAGUCGAAUUGAAAAUCGCGUGUGUUUCUAUUAUUAAAAAGUUUUCUGAACAAACCCAGGCACUGUCAAAUUGAAAUUGACAAGUAUUCUUUUAUUAAAGUUUUGAAUUAGUCUUAUGAAAAGAAAACUAAGAUACAUGUGGUAAAAACUUUAGGUGGUGUGAAUACCAAAACAUCAUAGGUAAUUUAAAAACCAACAAGAGCAUUUUCUGCAAAUUGCCAGUAAAAAAUAUUGUUGAAACCCUCGAUUAAGGGUCCUUUUUAAUUAACAUGUCGGGCGAUGCACGUUCUUAUCCACCUUUAUUCGAAUCUUGGGUGAAAGCAUGCAUUGGACUACGGUACAUUAAAGAUGGCACCGAAAGAAUGGUCGAGAAGGAAGUUAAAUUUCAAUAUGAUACAAUAGUCGCUAAUGUCGAAGUAAAAAUAGGAACGCAGUAUGACUGCACAGAAUGUACAAUCGCCAAUUUGCGUCCAUAUCACGAGACAGCUGAAUGCAUACUCAAACAGAGAAAAAAGUACUGCCUUUGCGAUAAGGAAGAUAACCCAGACCGACGACGUUGCCCUCAAGACAGUGCCUGUAGUCAAAUUUACGAUGCUAUAUGGGCUGCAUAUCGAGAGGGUCCGUUCCCAGGGUUUCCAAAUAGCAAAGUAAACCAGUGGUCUACCAACUAUUGGGAGUUUGGAAAGUGUUUUAUUCAAACACAAGGUUACAUGAACGUGACAUCAGCUGCAGACACAGAUGCAGCUGGACUGCUGGCCUUAUGCAUUCAUAACAAAACGCUUUGGGAUAUGCUCGGAGAAUCAAAGUCCAUUCAAAAAGUACGGGAAGCAAGGCAUGACAUAUUUCACUCGGCAAGGUUAGAGGUGUCCAAGGAGAAGUUAGAUAAAUACUUAGAUUCCAUGUUGGAACUGCUCAAACUUCCGAAGCUCCAACACGACGACAAUGCAAAACACGCCAUUGAGAAAAUUGAGCAACUAAAAUCAGACACAUUCAAAUUAUUUCCGGAGGAUGUAAUGACUGCGCGAAAAGAUUCGUUAAAAAGUAUUUCAGGGGAAAUGUCAGAAAUCAAGCAUAAAAUCGAAGAAGCCAAAAAAGACGACAAUCCGCUAGAUGAAACAAUGGAAAAAGAUGAUAUCAUAGACGUGGAUCAACUACAUCGCGAGCUGGCUACUUUAACCGUUGUUCAUAAAGAACAUUUGUCGGCAGUAGAAGGGUACAUAAAAGAAUUGCGAACGCAAGUGACUGGUAUUGAGGAUCGCAUCUUAAUGCACGAAGAAGACCUAAAAGCUAUUAAAAGUGGUUCAGAUAUACAACUUGGCUAUCUAAAGAAUAUACAGGAGACGCAAGUGGUACAGGGCAAGAAACUCAAUGCGAUAACUGACGAUAUGAAGAAGCUCUUUAGUGUACUGACUGAAUAUACCAAGCAUCCGAUCACCAAAGCCAUACCGAUACCAGAAAUCCGGAUAGUAAUGCUGACGAAAAACAUAUCCAACAACAAAGAAGCAGCACUUGGGGAGGUAUUGGAUGAGAUAGCCGGAGAUGUCGAGGGGAAGGCGAAAUUGAAGAACUCAGAUUGGGAACCAAUCAUACAAACAUUCAAUGAAAGUCUACAGAAAAUGAUUAUAGACCACGGAGAAGACCAAAGAGACAUUGUAGAGGUAAAAAAAGAAUGUAUUGCGAUAUAUGUUCAAUGCUGGACUUUGCGAUCUCUUAUUCACUUGUGUGAGCAAUGCAUUUCCGGAAAGUUGACUGAGAUGUUCAUUCCAUUUGAGAAAGAAAUAAAGAGAAGAUUACCCUGCUACAGUGCCUUGGAAAUUGAACUUGCCAUUUUUGAAAAGGAUUUGAUUCGUUGCAUGGAUGUCUUUGGUGGAAGACUUAAACGAACGCUGAUAUCAGAAAAUGCUGAUGUGCAAACGCCUUUGGUUACUCUUUCAAAUGGUUUCGAUGCAGGCGCAAGGCAAACGCAGGACGUUAAAACAAUUGAUGACGAUUUAGUGUUGUGUGGUGAAGAUGAAAUCAAAAGCACUUUGAAAGAAAACGAAAAGGAAUGCGACGUGACUGAAGUACACAAUGAAACAAUAAAUGCUUAUAAAGAUGAAGAAGCAAUAGAAACUGCUUCCGUUUCUCAAGGGGUUUGUGAAAAAGAUGAAUUGAACACAAGCAAACAAGAACAUAUUUGUCAUACAAUCCUCUUGGCUGACAGCUUCGAAACGUCUGAAAAGGAAAAGAUUGCUGCUAAUUUCAGAUCAUCUGAUUUUCCAGAUCCUGAUUGUCUGCCACAGCGUAAAAACAGAGUAUCUAUACAGACAAGCCCCAUGCACUUGCAUGGAACAAAAGAUAGAGAGAAAGCCCCUCAUCUGGAGUUGCAAUCUAUCUGUCUCAAUAAGUACCACAAACAUAUUCGAAAGGCUACUAAUGAUGGAAUGAACGGGCCUCAUUUAUCAUUGAUAAUUGGCAGUAUGGCCAAGAUUCCUUUCUCCGGGUUAAGUGAGUUUGCAAAGGCUGAUGCUCACCUUCAUAAGAUGCAGCUGCCUGUUACGGGUGUCAAGGUACACAACACGGAUCAGACCUAUUUGAUAACGACUGAUACGCUCCAACUGGAUGCCAAUGUUACCAUCAACGCCCUGGUCCAUGUUCUAAAUGAGAUUAGUAAAGAGACGAACAGACUACCAGAGGUGCUAUACAUUCAGAUGAACAAUUCCAGAAGUGUCAGCAAAAACGUCUUCAUCAUUUUGUUCAUGGCGUGGCUGGUCAGGGAGAGAAUAUUUAGAAAAGUAAAGAUUGGUUUCCUGAUGGCUGGGCAAACCAAUGUAGACAUACAAAAGGUUUUCUCAAGCGUGUCUAGCCAUCUGAGAGGACAGGAGAUUCACACUCUGACGAACUUACAAGAUGAGAUUAGAAAAUCUCAAGACCCAGCACCCAUCACUGCACACCUAGACAGAGUCUUCGACUACAAGAAGAUGAUGGAAGGUCAAAGAGGUCUCCUUAAAGGCAUCUCGGAGCCGCAUCAUUUCAUAAUUUCAGAGGUUGUUGGACGUGUAACGAUGCGGUACAGAGACUGGCCUUACUCUCCGGACCAAAACAUUGACUUAACAGACAGUAUCCCAGGAAGAUUUUCUAAAGAGCUGGUGCCGUGUAAUCCGAAAUUCCAUUCUGAAACUGGCAUGCAAGCCGACGCACCGACUUUGCCAUUUGUCGACAAACUACCGACACAGCAGAAACGUUAUAUGCAUGGCGUUGAUCCACCGGGGGUGGUCAUCAAAGUGCUUCAAAGCUGAAACUAAGGAUUUGUAAAUUACUAAGAGUUUAAAUUAGUUUCCUUUAAAACGAAACAAAUUGUUAGAAUAAUAUCAACCAUUUUUGAGUGUAUACUUAAAAAAACAAAGACACAUACCCGAACUAGCGCAAGUCUGGAUUAAAUAUUGCUUGCGGUUAGAAAAAUUCUAUGUUUGAUUUGAGAUGUUGAAAGGAAGUACUUGCUCUUCAAAUAUAAUGAAAUUGUUCGUUUUUCAUAUCAAAGGGUAAUUCAUGUUUCCAUUGUAAAUAUGUAUCAUGUGUAUAAGCUUUUUUUCUAUCAAGUAUAUGUUUUACAAAGGAAAUACGUCUCUAACCAAAAUAUAUGAGGUUUUAUUGAAAACUGCUCUAUGUUCUUCAUCUGUUUUCUCCCAAUUACGUCAUCAAAAAAUAUUUAGUGUUCGAAAGCAGAUUUUAAGUUAUGCUUAUCUCCUUUUGAGCAAAACCAAUUGAUUACACGUAAAUAUACCAAUUCUUUCAACGAGUUUUAAAUGAAAUCGAAUGAUCCAGAAAUGAAAUUACCUGUUUUUGUUUAUAAAAAACUUUGUGAAAAUGAAUGAUAUAAAGUGUCAUUUGUUUGGGGGAUGGGGGUGUUCUGUUCUGUUUUAAAACGUCAUUUUAUCUUUAAAUAAUAUUUAUUUUGUUUUGUUACCCAUAUACUUUAGAUUUAUUGUUGGUUUUGGUUUCAAAAUUGUUUAAUUAUAUAUAUGAAAUUGCAUAUGUAUGAAAAAAAGGUAUCUUUCAAAAAAAGAAAAGUGUCAUCAGUUUAGUGAUACCAUCUUAUCAAUAGUCGAUUUGUACGAUUGCUCGUUCAAAUCGAUAGUUCUGUGUUGCAGUAUAAUGUAUAUAUUUUAUACAUUAUUCUUAUAUUGUUUCAGUUUUUUAGCGAGAAGCAACAAUUAGUGUCAAAUAUUUGUCAAAUUUUGUGGCGAUUGCCUUCAAAAUGUCAACACAAGCAAGAAACAAAGUGCAUACUUCAAUUUGAUUUUGAUAACUGGUUUCUUGUUAUAAUUAUAAGGAUAAUUCCUUUUUAAAGUCUAGACAAUCUUUGAUUAAGUUGAUAUUACUCAAAAGUAUGAAAAAAGCCUUAACCUGUUAGGAGUUUUAAGAAAUUGGGGCCAUGUCAUUGCUGAGUUUUGAGAAACUAUCACUUUCAUAACAAGAGAAUGAGGGUUAAAUAUAAACCAAAUUGCAACUUGUGUUAAUUUCUUGAAUUUCAUAAUGUUUUUUGUACUGUUAUUAAAAAGUACCUCGCAGACGCAAUAAGAACAUUGAAACUCUAAUAUAAUAAGAAUUAUGUAAAAUAAGAAUGUAUUGUAAUACUUAUAAUUAUAAUAUUUUAUGAUCGUAAUCAUUUAUAGACAUUUUAUGCAAAUGUUACUUCAUUUCUUUUCAUUUUAAUUCAAUAUCAAUCCAAUGUUUAACGCUUUUCUAGGGUGAUUUGUAGAUGGAAGAAUGUGUUUAUGUAUCUCUUCAUUUAAAUUUUAAUUACACAGCCUUGCUUAAAUCAGGUAUAGACAAAUAUAGGUAUGUAUUAGACAUUUUAAAGAUAACUAUUCAUGAACACAUAAAUUCAUACAAACUUAGAUCAUUUAAGGUGAGCCUUUUGUCUUGCUUUACGACAAAAAGGUUCAAUUCUUUUACAUCUAGUAGUUGUUUGAAUAAGUUCGUGUGCUUUUUUCUAGGCCUCUAAAGUAAAAACCGGAAUUCAAAUCAAAAAGGAAUUGUGUCAAAUGUCACUUCAGGGAGCUGAGUUAAUUUAGCACUAUUUUAUCUAUGUAUUUGCAAAUUAGGCCUUAAAGCUCUCGUAUUAUUAAAUGUACACUGAACAUGCAAAUAAAGCAAGCACAGAU